GGCUACUACGCAGUAAGCGUUUGGCGGUGCGGUCGGAUCUCAGGCUCUGAAACGCUACAGAGUUGGAGUUUGGUGUGUAAAAUGUUUGCUCCCGGAGAUUUUGGAGACAUUGAGCAGAUUUAUCGAGCUUUCCUUCAGCGUCGGUGUGAUGAAGAAGCAGGGAAGGUUGAAGACUUAUUCCAGAAAGUGAAAGGAAUCCUGAUCCAACAUGGCUGCCAAUCUGUACUUCAGCACCAUGUGAUUCCGUCUGGACUGCGGCUCACUGGAACAAACUUCACCGUACAACAAGACGAUGAUCCGAAGCACAGUUCUGAAGUCUGAGUUCUGUGUGUUAUUUAAAAAGCAGACAGACAUCUGGAGUGAUAUCUAUCAUGGAACCACCUGCCCAGUCAUCGCACCUAAAUCCUGCUGAACUGCUCUGAGAUGAUCUGCAUCGUUUUCAACUAGUGAAGAACAUCUCUGGCGAGUUUUACAAGAGGCACAACAAAAUGUUUCAGCCGAACGUUUGGAGAAACGAAGUGUCUGGAGAAUGUUGAGAGUGUGUAAAGCUGUUCUUCAUGCUAAGGCAGGAGUUUUAGGUGGAACAUCUGUCACAUUCAUAGAUUUGUUUGGUCAAAGUCAAUGUUUAUGAUGUUAAAGUACAGAAACCAAAGGAACAUGCAUGUGUCUCUCAAAAACCAUAGAAGAUGUUUCUUUUCCAUCUCACUGAUAUUUAAAUGUAUUUGUUAUAGUUGAUGGACAAUCGUCUAAUGCUAAAAAUCAGCUCUGCCUUCCCCGGCGUGUGUAAACACGUAAACUAGGGCGAGUAGGUGUUGUUUUUCCAAGAAGGAAAUAAAGAAAGAAAGAAAGAAAGAAAGAAAGAAAGAAGACUGGUUUUGCUUUUAUGAUGAUGCUGAUUAUUAUUUUGUUAGUGGUUUAUAAAGAGCUAAAAACAGAACUGGAUGAACCGGACUUCCCUCUUCCAGCGGAAUCUGAUCCACCACCUAUUCAGGUUCAGCUGCAAGCAGAAGUGUGAAAACACACCAUGACUUCAAACUGCUGUGUACAUUCAGCAGGAACAUGGAUGGUUUGACCAAAGAGAUCGAGAAGGAGAAGCUGAGCUCGAGCGGAGACGGGGAGCCUUGCGGAGAUGGAGGCGGUGGCGGUGGCGGUGGUGGUGGUGGUGGUGGUGGUGGCGGAGGAUCCGGGGUCGUAAACGGUGUUUCAGCCUCGCUCACUCCCACAAUUUGGGACAAGACCAUCCCGUACGAUGGCGAGAACUUCCACCUGGAAUACAUGGACCUGGACGAGUUCCUGUUGGAGAACCAGAUUCCUGCCGCUCUGGAGGAGGAGCUGCACAAGAGUCUGGAGCAGGAGGUUCAGGGGGGUUCCCCAGCAGUCCCAGAACUUUCCCCGGCCAUCCCACAAGAGUCCGGGGAGACGGAGAAAGCUGUAGACGUGCGGAAGAUAAAAGGGGAGGACGAGGGGUGUGAGUGUGACAGGACCGAGUUCCAGGUGGUGACGAAUGGCACAGUGCCCAAAGAUGCGCUUGGACGAGCCACGCCGUCCCCGGUCCACCCUGAGGACAUCGAAGUGAGCAUAAAUUUUCAGCCCGACCCGGCGGACCUGGUGCUGUCCAGCAUCCCAGGGGGAGAGCUGUUCAACCCGCGCAAACACCGCUUCACAGAGGACGAGCUCAAACCCCAGCCGAUGAUCAAGAAGGCCAAGAAGGUGUUCGUCCCUGAGGAAUCCAAGGAUGAGAAGUACUGGUCAAGGAGGAAGAAGAACAACAUGGCGGCCAAGCGUUCACGGGACGGACGGCGCCUGAAGGAGAACCAGAUCGCUGUGCGCGCCAGUUUCCUAGAGCGGGAAAAUGCCGCCCUGAGGCAGGAAGUGGCUGAGCUCAGGAAGAACUACAGCCGCUGCAAGAAGAUCGUGGCUCUGUACGAAGCCAAGUACGGCCCUCUGUGAAGGACAGAGCUCACCAGGUUACCAACACAAUCAUCUGUCUGUCCAUCAUUCACACAGGGAUCAUGGGCCACGUGCCAGGGGUGGAGAUGGUUGGUUGUAGAGGAUCAAAAAAGGAAAACCCUGGACCGAAGCAUGACAUCGUCUUUUCAACCAAAAGAUCUUUCUCGAUUUACCUUUCACCUGCAACUGAGGAGGAAUACCAGCAGUGCAGGAGUAGUUACCUGGUGAAAAGAUCUGAGGUGUUCCCCAUGACCAGCGAGAGCUACAAUUGUUUUGAUUUGGAAAAAAAAAAAACUUCAUCUGAUUUCUGUACACCUGAGAGACAGAACUGGAGAAAGGAUGAGAUUAUUAGGUACAUUUCCUCACAAUUCCUCACAAUUCCAAACAAUUCUUCACAAUUCCUCACAAUUCUAUUCCAAACAAUUCUUCACAAUUCCUCACAAUUCCAUUCCUCACAAUUCCUCACAGUUCCUCACAAUUCCUCACAAUUCCAUUCCUCAUAGUUCCUCACAAUUCUUCACAAUUCUUCACAAUUCCUCACAAUUCCUUACAAUUCCAUUCUUCACAAUUCUUCACAAUUCCUCACAAUUCCUUACAAUUCCAUUCUUCACAAUUCCUCACAGUUCCUCACAAUUCCUCACAAUUCCAUUCCUCAUAGUUCCUCACAAUUCCUCACAAUUCUUCACAAUUCCUCACAAUUCCUUACAAUUCCAUUCUUCACAAUUCCUCACAAUUUUUCCUUGUAAAAAAAGUAAAAAGAAAAAGGUAGCUAACGAUGAAGCACCUUAUCCGAUGGCCUGCUGAGGUAAUUCCCGCUAAAACAGGAAGUCGGGGCGGGGCCUAUAGAGUGGCUCCACCUCUAUUUUCAAUAUAUUUUUUAAUAAACACUAUUAGCCAAAGGUUUUUAUUUACUUCACAAACACAUUCCAACAGACAAAGACACACAAUUCUGAUAGUGUUUGGGUGGGACUUUUUAGAUUCAGAUGAAAAUGUACUGAUUCUUGCUCUGAAUUGGUGGGAGGGAGGGAGAGAGAGAGAGAGAAAGAGAGGAGAGAGAGAGAGAGAGAGAGAGAGAGUAGUACUGAUUUUUGAAUGCAUAUACACUAUAGUCAAAAGUUUGUGGACACCUGACUACAAGACUAUAUGCUUUUUUUUUAAAUCCCAUUUUCUCUCAUAAUAACCUCCACUCUUCUGGGAAGAUGUUCUACCAGAUUUUCCAGUGAUCCAUCUGCGAUUCCUUCCAUCCACAAUGGUGUUAGUAAAGUCAGGUACUGAUGGAGGCGAGAAUGUGAGGAGGUUCCUGGGGUGCAGUCAGAGUGAAACAUUCACCCCCAGAAGGUGUUCAGUAGGGUUUAUAAGCAGGAGCUCUUCCACACACUUCAACUCAUGUAAAGCAGAGCCGGCUUUGUGCACACGAGCGUUGUGAUGCUGGAACGGGGUUUGGGUGAAGGGAAAAUUUCAUGCUGCAGCAUCCAAAGACUUCAAGGAAACAGUUUGGGGAAGAAACACAUGGGCAGGUGUCCCAAUACUUCUCACCAUAUACAGUAUCUUUGUGGUUGUUUUUAAAGCACAUUACAGCCUGAUUACAGAAUCA